CAAUGAAGAAGAUCCGGAACAGAACAUUUACAGCGUUGUUUUAGAACAGACGACUUCACUCAACAAUAAAAUUGUAAACAUAAAUACAACCUGUAUACGUUGAUUGACACCUUUGUAAAUAAACAGUUUUUUAGGUAGUCUGCUGAACUAGCCGCCGUCUGUAGUUUAACUUUUCAAUAGACGACGUAGUGUUUGCGUUUGGUCAGCUUUUUAACGCUGUUGUCACCGAUUUUGUGAAUGACAUGCAGGCGUCAACAUCUGGAGCUGAGAAUGAGGCUAGAGCGAGCAUGACUGAAGAUGAAUCAAAAAAACAUUUUAGAGUCUGCCGGUUUAUUGUCGAAACAGGUGUAAAAUUAGGCAUGAGACCCGUGCCAAUGGCUACAGCAUGUGUGCUGUAUCACAAGUUCUUCCAGUCUGCAAGUUUGCAGGUCUAUGAGCCUUACCUUGUGGCCAUGUCUGCAAUUUACCUCGCUGGCAAAGUAGAAGAACAACAUCUCAGAACAAGAGAUAUCAUCAAUGUCUGUCACAGGUAUUUUCAUCCAGAAAGUGAUCCAUUGGAACUGGAUGGAAAGUUUUGGGAGUUGAGAGACAGUAUAGUGCAAUGUGAGCUCCUCAUUCUCCGACAACUUAACUUUGAAGUGUGUUUUGAGCAUCCACACAAGUACCUGCUGCACUACCUUCUCUCUGUAAAGAGUCUGUUGAAUCGCCACGCAUGGUCUCGAACUCCAAUUGCUGAAACAGCCUUGGCUGUGUUAAAAGACAGUUACCAUGGUUCUAUGUGUGUCCGACAUAAUCCUCAACACCUUGCUGUCACCUGCCUCUAUCUCUCUCUUCAGACGUAUGGCAUGCAGCUUCCCAGGGGUGAACUAGAGUGGUGGCAGGUUUUUUGUUCAGACAUCACCAAGGCUGAGAUUGAGACCAUCAUGAAUGAAUUGCUGCAGCUCUACGACAUGGAGGCCAAGUGUACCUAAGAGAAAGUAAAUAAACAGGUAUUAAAACUGAUGUGGCAGCCAACAUUCCCCGGUGUCCGCAUUCCAGAGAGACUGUCUAACUGCCUGAGAUCUGAUGAUGGUUUAACACAAGCCGGAUCCUGCAUCACCUGAUGUUGUGAUGUGACCUAAUGAGCUCUAAUCUCUAAUUACAUCACAAAGCGUGGCAGUUUCAAAGGCCUCUCCAGGAAUGACUGUGUUUGCUGAAGAAUGAUGAGGAGCAUUUAGAUUUGGUUUGGAUGUAGAAGCGUGGCGGUGUGAAAAAUAGAGUUUAGCCACAUCGCAUCAAUCAAUUACUAGGCACCGACCUACUUUCUUCUUCCUACCUUGCGCUAUUUUUCCCCUAAAAUGGAGGGAGAUGAGUAACAAGAGAUGGAGUUGCUGGUUGAAGGUAGAAUGAGACAAAAGUAAUGCCAGUCUGUCUCCGGAGCUGACUUAUGACUAGAUCUGGGCUGUUGCUGUUUAAAAUUUUAAUUACUUUCUCUCUUUCCCUACAGAACUUGUCCCAAUAGGAAACAGAAUUACUGUGGACAUUUUUUUUAGAAGUCAGACUACAUCAUAUCUUAUUACUGUAAAUUUAUCGCAGACAUAAGUCAGUCUUUCAAAACUGUUUUUUUACUGAAACCUUGUUUAAACGGCACCAAUAAAUGGCCUUUCUUUGCUUUUUUCUGA